AGUCGCACAAAAGUCUUUCCCAACAUAGUGAUACUACACAAUCUAAUUCUAACAGCUUUCUCGGCCUGGACAUUCGCCGCUAUGCUGAACACACUCUUUUCCGCAUGGCCGGACAAGCAAGACGAAUUGUACAUGAGCCGGGCGGCGGACAUUGUAUGCCAUGGGGGUCAGUUUCCAGGGUACGAACCAUAUGCGUCGAGGUUGAAGUUGAUCUCCUGGCUGUUCUAUUUGUCGAAGCUAUAUGAGCCACUUGACACCGUGAUCAUUCUUGCCAAAGGUCGCCAGGCUUCGACUUUGCACAUAUACCACCAUGCUGGCGUCAUUUUCUGGGGUUGUGUGGGAGUGCGAUUUAUCGCUUCAGCCACGAUAAUCGCCAUCCUAUUCAACUCGGCUGUGCACACCGUGAUGUAUACAUAUUACAGCAUGACUGCGUUGCGCGUCCCCGUUCUCCUCUCGACCAAAGCUUCAUUGACGCUGCUCCAAAUCAUGCAGUUCUUCGUCGGUAGCUUAUUAGGCUUGUCGUCCGUCCUUGUUGAAUAUGAUGUUCCCUUUUCUGGUUCACAUCUUGAGCGACGUGAUCAACCGCAGAACACCCCUUACAUUAUAACACCGCGGGGCCCAAAAGAACCGCAGUCUCGGGACUUGAAGACACGAAGAUGCAUCAGAGAUAGUACUGAGGCUUAUGCGGUGUGCCUUGGAUGUGGGUUUGUUCUGUUCCUGAUGCUAUUGUUCUUGAAGUUCUACGUGCAGUCAUACCUUCAGCACUGGCGACCCUGAAGAGCGCAAUGCUAUGAGACUUGGAGAGGUUAUGUGAUACAACUCAGUCGUGCAGUAGGGCGGAAUAAGAAAAGUCCGGCUCGAGUGUUAAGCAUUGUUGUAUUGUUUUGGCGCUACCCCGAGACAUCAUGAAUUUUGAGAUUAGCCGAGCAGGACAAAUGAUCCUAC